GCGGCGACAUGUAGAGACAAACAGCACAAAUCUCUGUUUCUCUUAACUUCCUGUUGUUCUGCGUCUCGCUUGACGGCGGCUCCAUGUUUUUUUAAAGAAGCUACUUCCUCAAUGUGACUUUGUACUUUUUCCAUUCGACGUGUUGUUUGUCCUUUGAGCUGAUAUCUGUCUGGUGGGUUAGAAAAAUGAAAAAUGAUUCUCUGCUGUCCAGCGUCAAUGUGGUGCUUGUCAUGGCCUACGGGAGUCUGGUUUUUGUUUUGCUGUUCAUCUUUGUCAAAAGACAAAUUAUGCGGUUUGCCGUGAAGUCUCGGAGAGGACCACAUGUUCCCCUCGGCCAUAAUGCACCAAAGGAGCUGAAACAAGAAAUUGAAGCCAAACUGAGUCAGGUUCAGAAAAUCCAAUUUGAGCCUCGUCUGCUGUCUCCAGAUGACGACCGGAUAAAGCAGAGAGAACAGAAUGGUUCCUAUGACUACUUGUACAGGAUGAGAGCGCUGGAUGCCAUCAGAGACACGGAUUUUCCUUUCCGCGACCUGGGUGGGACGUCCACCGCUGUGACGGGGAAACGAUUUCGGACCUGGAUCCUGCAGCUACGCAAUAACCACUGCAUGUUCCGGGACAGCCAGAGCUCCCUCAUCGACGCCGUGCUGGAUGGAUACAAUAAAGCUAGACAUGGGGCUGAGGUUUUUGGUGAGGCAGAGUUCUUAAAAUACCGGGAAGCUCUAACUGAACUGGCGUCUGCCGUGAAGUCUCACAGCAGCAGCAGCACUCCCAGCCAGCACCAUCAGUCUGCAGCCAAAGACCUGACCAGCAGCACGGAGCCGGCGAGCUCCGCCUCCUCCCCGACCCAGACCACCUACCUCAUAUCUACGCUGCAGCAGCGCAGCAAGAGGCCCAGACACUUCCUGGAGCUGAAGAACUUCAAAGACAACUACAACACUCUGGACAGUACGCUCUGAAAACCAACCUCUGAUGUCCGUCCAAAGGAGAAGGUCGAGGUGGUGUGGCCGGUGGUUCCAGCCGCUGUGGAUUGUGAUGGGGUUACUGUCGCCACAUCCUUUUCAAGUGAUGUAACAAAAACACAGCCUUCCUACAUUAACACAUAUGACCUGGUUUACUGCCCAGUCCAUAUCAGACUACUGGCCUAGUGCUCUUUACCUAAGUGUAGCUUUAGUGUAUAUUCUGUAUUAUAUCAUGUGUCAGCGCUUUAUAUACGUACACAGAUACUGUGACUAUAACGAGUGUGGUUGACUUGACCAAAACAAAAGUGCAAAUAUGCAAUGGCGGAUGACAAUCAGUAUUUAUUGCACAAUGUACAAGCCUAUGCAGGAUUGUUGAACCCAUCCCACUGUAUUUAAACAUGCUGAUAGUUGCGGGUGCUACUGGUGUUAAUGGCUGCUUCACUUUACUGAGAAUCACACACUGAAUUUGUGUCUGUUUUUUGUCUGUUUGUGUCUGUUUGUGUCUCUACUGUUCAUGUGCUGCUGUGAAUUCAGCCUUGUUUUAAGCGUCAAAUCUUUGUUUUCCAGAAGCCAUACUUGAUUUGAUGAAUUUUGAUGAUUAAGUGCUCUUGUAACUUAAUAAUUUCCCUCAGUGCAAUGUUAUUUAACAGUAUUCCAGUAUGUCCAUGUCCUCUGACUAAGAGGUUCUGUCCCUGGGGUCGCUCUGACCUGGUUCUGCCUGGAAGGUGUUAAGAUUCCCCGGGAGGAGUUCUCGUGCCUGAAAGAUUCCAAUUUUUUUGUGGUAUUUACUUGCCAUCCAAAUAAAAAUUUACAUAAAGUUGA